UAUAUAUAUAUAUAUAUAAAAGACUUGCAAAAUCAUAAAUCAACUAAUCAACUUGCAAUCCGAAUUCUUCUUACUGAUCAUCAUAACAAUCAUGGAGGACGACUACUCACAGAAAUUGGAAUCAGAGAUGGAAUCUGCGGCUCUACAAUCGAGUGAAGGAGAGCAAGAGGACGUCAUGUCCUUUCGAGAGAAAGUCGACACUGCCGGGGAUUGGAGAGAGACUAUCAAUAAGGUAGUUCCCGCCGUUGUUGACAUCCGGAUCACUACCUGUCGCGCUUUCGACACAGAACUUCCUGCCUCCGGCUACGCCACGGGCUUCGUCGUUGAUAAGAAACGUGGCAUCAUCCUCUCUAAUCGACAUGUCGUUCACCCCGGCCCAAUAGUUGCACAAGCGAUAUUUACAAAUCGUGAAGAAAUUAAUGUGUAUCCAAUAUACAGAGAUCCAGUCCAUGAUUUUGGCUUCUUUCGUUAUGAUCCUGCUGAAAUACAGUUUCUGGACUAUCAGGAGAUUCCUCUUGCUCCUGAGGCUGCUUGUGUUGGACUAGAAAUUCGAGUUGUUGGUAAUGAUAGUCGUGAGAAGGUGUCAAUUUUGGCUGGCACUCUUGCUCGUUUGGAUCGAGAAGCUCCCAAAUAUAAAAAGGAUGGUUACAAUGACUUCAAUACAUUCUACAUUCAAGCAGCUUCUGGAACUAAGGGUGGUUCUAGUGGUUCACCAGUGAUUGAUCGGCAAGGCAGGGCAGUGGCCUUGAAUGCUGGAAGCAAGUUAUCAACAUCAUCAGCAUACUUUCUACCUUUAGAGCGAGUUGUUAGGGCAAUGAGACUUAUCCAGCAGGGUAGGGAUUCUAAUAUUAGUAACUGGGGAACAAUUCCUAUACCUCGUGGUACUCUUCAGGUGACAUUUCACUAUGAAGGAUUUGAAAAGGCACGGCGGCUUGGUCUUCAAAGUGAAACAGAGCAGAUGGUACGACGUGCUUCUCCACCAGGUGGAACGGGAAUGCUUGUUGUUCACUCUGUGGUGCCAGGUGGUCCAGCUCAUAUGCAACUGGAGCCAGGGGAUGUUCUAAUAUGCAUGAAUGGGGAAAUAACUACUCGAUUUUUGAAAUUGGAGACAUUGCUUGAUGAUAGUGUUGGCCAGAAAGUUGAAGUACAAAUUGAAAGAGGUAGCAAGUCUUUGACUGUAAACUUAGAGGUUCAAGAUUUGCAUUCAAUUACUCCUGACCACUUUUUGGAAGUUAGUGGAGCAGUAAUUCACCCUUUGUCUUAUCAACAGGCCAGAAACUUUUGCUUCCCUUGUGGGCUUGUAUAUGUUUCAGAACCUGGAUAUAUGUUAUCUAGAGCUGGAGUACCUCGACAUGCCAUCAUUAAGAAGUUUACUGAUGUGGAGAUAUCACGACUUGAAGAUCUAAUCUCUGUUUUGUCUAAGUUGUCUAGGGGUGCUCGAGUGCCUUUAGAGUAUAUAACCUACAAGGAUCGCCAUCGAAGAAAGUCUGCUCUAGUCACAGUUGAUCGCCAUGAGUGGUAUGAUGCUCCAAAGAUUUAUACUCGUGAUGAUAGUUCUGGUAUAUGGUUGGCAAGACCUGCUAUUCAGCCCGAGUCUUUACUGCUCUCAUCUUGUAUUAGUAAUCUUGAACAAGGUUCAAAAAGAGAAACAACUGCAUUAAUUAGUGAAUCUACUGUAUCGAAAGUCAUGCCUCGAACUAAUGAUUUGGAGUUAACUCAAGCUGUUGCUAGUUUGGAAGUCAGUUAUGAUCAUGCUCCUAAAGAAGUCUGUUCCAGAAGUGACUCUGAUGUUGAAAGAAAUAAUACACAAGUGAUUAAGGAUCUGUCGAGAAAUGAAAAUGUUGUUGCUGACAGUUCCUCACAUGAAAUUGGAGAAAAGAAGUUGGAGGAUCCAAUGAUCACAGAAUGUUACAAUGAAAAUUCAACAGAAGCUGUAAAUAAUGCUUCAUUUCCAGAACGUGUCAUAGAGCCUGCUCUUGUGAUGGUGGAGGUUCAUAUGCCCCCAUCAUGUUUGCUUGAUGGUGUCCAUUCACGUCAUAAUCUGGGAACUGGAGUCAUUGUAUACCAUUCUCAAGGAAUGGGAUUGGUUGCAGUUGACAGAAAUACAGUUACACUAUCUGCAUGUGAUGUGGUGCUAUCCUUUGCCGCAUUUCCUAUUGAACUUCCAGGCGAGGUAGUUUUCCUUCAUCCUGUUUACAAUUAUGCUCUCGUUGCAUAUAAUCCCUCUGCUCUGGGAACUAUUGGGGCUUCAAUGGUUCGUGCUGCUGAACUCCUUCCUGAGCCUACAUUAUGUCGUGGAGAUCCAGUAUAUCUGGUAGGGCUAAGAAGUUUACAAGCAAUCUCUAGGAAAUCUACUGUGACAAAUUCUUGUCUCUCAUUACAUGUCAGUUCAGCUGAUCCUCCUUGUUACAGAGCAACGAAUAUGGAAGUGAUUGAGCUUGAUUCUGAUUUUGGUAAUACAUUUACUGGAGUUUUAAGCAAUGAGCAUGGAAAGGUGCAAGCUUUGUGGGCAAGCUUUUCAACUAAGGUAAAACCUGUUGGCAAUGUACCUCCUCAAUUUGUUAAAGGUAUUCCAAUCUAUAUGAUCAGUCAAAUACUGGAGAAGAUCAUAACUAGUGGAAAUGAAUCAUCUCUUCUCAUUAACGGUGUCAAAAGGUCAAUGCCACUUGUUAGUAUUUUAGAGGUUGAACUUAUCCCUAGAUCGCUAUCAAAGGCUCGGAGUUUUGGUCUGAGUGAGGAGUGGAUCCACACUUUGGUCAAGAAAGAUCCAACAAGACGACAAGUUUUACGUGUUAAAGGUUGUUUGGCUGGAUCCAAAGCUGAGACUCUAUUAAAACAAGGUGACAUGGUGCUGGCAGUCAAUAAAGAACCUGUUACUUGUUUCCGUGAUAUAGAAAAUGCUUGCAUAGCAUCAGAGAAAUCUGGUGACAAUGAUGGAAAACUGAACAUGACCAUUUUUCGGCAGGGAUGUGAAGUUGAUGUUCUCGUAGGGAUAGAUAUUAGAGAUGGGAACAGCACAACACGGAUGAUUAAUUGGUGUGGUUGCAUUGUUCAGUGUCCUCAUCCAGGAGUUCGUGCUCUCGGCUUUCUUCCUGGAGAAGGACAUGGUGUAUACGUUGUAAAGUCGUACCGUGGAAGUCCUGCUGAUAGAUAUGGCUUAACUUCUCUUCGAUGGAUAGUUGAAAUCAACGGAAAACCGACUACUGACUUGGAUGCCUUUGCUAAAGUGACAAAGGAUUUGGAAUGUGAGGAAUUUGUUCGCAUAAAGACUAUUAACUUAAAAGGAAAGCCACAAGUGCUUACCUUGAAGCAAGACCUGCACUAUUGGCCUACUUGGGAACUGAGAUUUGAUCCAGAAACAACAAUGUGGCGCAGACAGACAAUCAAGGCAUUGCAGUAAUGUAAGAAAAGUAUGUACAUUUUGUGCAUGAAAAGGAUUGUGUAAGUUGCAAACCCAAGCUCUAUAUUUUCUCGUGGCAAGGUGUUGAAGUUAACAGUUUAUUGUAAUAUUGGAUAAGUUACAUAAAGGUUUUACUCAACUCUUUAACACAUACUUUUUUCUUUCUUUACUUGGUUUCUUCAUAAAUUGAAAAUAUAAUAUGCUAGAAACGUUAUUA